AUGGAGUACGCUUCAGGAGGUGACCUCAUGAUGCAUAUACAUAAUGAAGUUUUCUCAGAACCAAGAGCUGUGUAAGAUAUUAAAUUUUUAUUCGAAUAUUUUUGUCAUUCUCAUCUUUUGACUUAAUUGGUCGAUCAGAUCCUUUCGUUCAAUGUGCCAUCUAUACUUCAUUGAUAUUUUCCCAACUUUCUACAGGUUUUAUACUUCCUGUGUUGUUCUUGGAUUGCAGUAUCUACAUGAUCACGAAAUUGUUUACAGGUUGGUGUUUUUGUUGAGAUAUAUUGGUAGAGUAUUGAUGACACAGUGGCAUCAUUUUGUAUGUUUCACUUGACAGGGAUCUAAAGUUGGACAAUUUAUUACUGGAUGCUGAAGGUUACGUGAAGAUAGCAGAUUUUGGUUUAUGUAAGGAGGGUAUGGGUUACGGUGCGAGAACGGGCACUUUUUGUGGCACACCGGAGUUCUUAGCACCUGAGGUAAGUGAUGUAUUAUACGCACCUAAAAACGCACAAGUUGUAACAAAUCUGCAGCAGACUUGUAGCAAUGCUGUUCCAACAAAUUGUCAACAGGAUGUGUUCGCACUGCUUGUUCCCAGCUUAUUGACAAGUUUUCAACGGCUUGUUGACGACUUGCUAUAAGGUUGUUGAGCUCAACAGUCUUGUUGCAAGUUGUUCCAACAACUUGUUAUCGUCCUGCAACUCAACAAUUUGUCAACAAGUUGUGAGUGACAACCUUGUAGCAACUUGAUAAAAUAACACCAUUGUUACAACUUGCAAUGCUCGACAGCUUGUGAACAGAUUUGUAACAACUUGUGCGUUUUUGCGUGUGUAGAUCGUGAUCUCUCCUCGUGAAUAUCAAAAAUCUACCAGAAAGGAUUUGUGAUAAAUGAGUUGAUGUUCUUUUGUUAGGUCCUUACAGAGACAUCAUACACUCGCUCAGUGGACUGGUGGGGCUUGGGAGUCUUAAUAUUUGAAAUGCUUGUGGGAGAGGUGAGAUAUAGGUUUGAAUUCAAUACUUUUCGUCAACCGCUUAAACCUGACCUGAACAAAAUGCUACAGCUCAGUUCUAAACUUUUCCUCUUACAAAUCCAGUAAGGGCCAAUGAACUGGAAGCACUCUUCUCACGUGUGAUUGUUAUGAAAUUUCAACCAGAUAACUUGCAUAGUGUAGGAAUGAUCCCUCGAUCAGACAGGUUUAAGACACAUCCUAAGUGACGGUGACCACUGUUCGACCGACGCCCGUGGAACCUUAAGCCACAGUCUACACUGUUCGUUUUCUAAAACGUGGUUUACACUAGGCCAAAAAAAAUAAAUAUGUGGGUUUCCGGUUUCCCGACCCUACCUAGCUUUUGGACGUCGAAAUCCCGACCCUAAACUUUUUUAUUGGAUCAUGGUUGUAAGUGUUUCCACUUAGAGGAAAACGUUUGUGGAAAAUUGAAAUUUGAGGCAAUAUUAGGGAAAUUUAUCUUUGGAUGUGGAAGCACUGACUAAACAAAAUGGCGUCGCCUUAUUCGGAAAAUUAAAAAAAAAAAGUUUAAAAAAAAAAGUUAAAACCGACCUACCCUACCUAAGUUUUUAUAAGAAGAAACCGGAAACCCACAUAUUUUUUUUUGCCUUACGCGCAGGAAAAAUAAUCAUUUUUUAGUCGAAAAUGGUUAUUUUUACCGCGCAUAAUACAAAUAUAUACAAAAUUUGCGAACUUCACAGGGCUAUAUUUUCUUCAUUUUACAACAUUUUGCAACCAAUCUUUGCAAGUUUUACUCAUUCUAAGACGCUCUUUUUGAAGUAAGAAGUUUAGUCAUUUUGCCAAUGAGAAAAGUUACGCCAAAGAUGGCGGAAAUUGACGUGCAAUAUUCUAUGAAGGUCGUCAACAGUUAUCAUAACAUUUUCCCAGCUAAUUCAGGCCUCAAAAUAUCGGUUAGAGAACCGUCUAACAAAAUCUUCGACGACUUUGAGUUUGGGUCGGACAUACGUAUAGUGAUGUCCGAUGGAUGUCCGAUGACUUUUAGUUCAGUUUGGCUUGGAAAUAAAUAUGAAUACAGACACAAAUGAAUAUUAGCACAAUUUGGAAAAGUCAUUUGAAUCUUGGCAAUGAAUUUCCGAACACCACGGUGAAAACCCCGCCCUUGAUUGCACAUUUCCAGUUCACUUUUUAUACAUUACUCUGAUUUUCCACUUAACAUACGAGCUUCUGGUCCUGGACUAGGGUACAUCUUGAUUUACGUUGGACAAAGUUACAGUUAGGUCGGACACCAAUACACUCGGGUCGGACAAACAAUAAACCUCAGUUUCACUGAGGUCGGACAGAAUGUCCAGCGAUUUCCUCUCUACGUCGGACAAUUUCACGAAUGGGUCGGACAAUGUGCUUGACCGACCGAUAUUUUAAGGCCUGAGCUAAUUCCAGUUUUUUUUCUAACGAGCCGUAUCACUAAAAGUUAUCAGUGCAUAAAACCAUAGUGUUAAUAUUUAUUAUUUAAAUCGUCGUCAAAAUACGAAAUUUCGGCAAACUCCUUGCCUCCUUGCCAGCUUUGUGUUAACCGCGCAGACAAAAGCAAUAGAAGGGGACUGGGCACUGGACGUCCAUUUCGCCAUCUUUGACGUUGAGUUUUCACUCCAGACAUAUAUGAAGCCCACUGCGGCAUAGUUUAUAAAGCAGUCGGAUUAGCAUAUGUCCACUUUUAUUUUGCUAUAGGAAAGGCAGUGUUAUCGCUACGGUUAAAAUCAGUGGUUUGAAGACUUCAACAUCCACAGAAAGUGAUCUGACUCGUGAAUUGGAAGAAGCUAUACAACGGGGAAAGCUGGGUGACUUAACUAUUUCCGAACCCGACACGACAACCAAGCCUCCAGGUAAAAAGUUAAACUUGUAUUGUCAUAGGUAGUUUAGGGAAGGGUCAAUAUUUAUGGCGGGGAGUGGCACCGAAGCGAAAAGGGUUGGGUAAACAGUACAGUAUUUUGAGUGAGUAAAAGGUUGGGUAAAUGAAAAACAAAACAACUCAAGGGUUGGGUAAUAAAAAUUUAUUGUCAUUUCCAAAGCAUGACUCACUCAAAUAUUGAAGACUAAAAAGCAAUGUCAACAGUCAAAUGUCAACACAAUAUGUGAAUCAAUCAGAGUCACUAUCUUGAUCAUUUUCCGAUUUGUCAUGAGGCAAAUAUUGUCUCCAAAGAAAGUACAUGUGCAGACAACAUGAAACUUUAGACUGCAGAAAAUUGCACAAGCAGUUAUCAAACUCGUGUCACAGAAGUGGUAAAGGACAUGUGUGACAACUGAAUGGUAUUCUUUUGUACGUUUUUGGCCAAGGGUGGGUAUUUAUUUUUUAAUUGAUAUUUGAGGUUGGGUAAAAAAUGUUUUGACUUUUUAAUGGUUGGAUCGGCAAACGUUUUACCAACAAAAACAUUUCUCUUCGGUGCCACCCCCCACAAACUAAUGUAAAAUAAACAUUUCCAACCAGAGAACGUCUCAAAAAUCAUCAUUUUCAAUCCUGGUCGCACUUCCAGCAUAUUUAAAUGCACAUUUGUUCUAUAAUUUUCACCAAUCUUCCCCACUAUUAGGGCAGCUUAAUGGGUUAACUAAACACUUUUACAGAUAGCCUAUUCUAUGGGGUACAGGUAGAUACUUGAUUAGCUUAUCAGAAGUAUAAUUCCAAGUGAUCCAAACAGGGGGCCAUAAAAAUUAAGAUAUGAUAUUGUUGCACCAAACUAAUCUACAAUUACACUUUGUCUGAUCUGUUCGUCCAUAAAAGAACUAAAUAUUUAACCUUACUAAUGUAUCUGAAUCUUAAAUACUAACAAGUCAUAAAUCGCACGUUUCGAAAGUUGUUAGUGCACCUUAACUAAUCAAUCACUAAUGAAUCAUGAAGAUCCAGGCUUACCGAUCGAAAGCUUUGCAGUGAUAAAUUUACGUGGUGUUUCCACAAACAAUAGUAUUAUAAUCAAUCACUGUUCUCAAUAACGUUUCUCCAAAGCUAAAGGUCGGUUAUACCAAAAUUGUUUUGUGUCGUAUAUUUUUCAUUGUUUUUUAUACGUCUUGAAAAUUAUUUUACAUAUAUGAAGUAGACGAUGUUUUAAACGAUGCAUCGCACAUUGAUAUCACCUUACGCCCGUAUUCUAAAAGCUCACUCACACUCACACUCAAUGAGUGGAGGUUCAAUCUGAGCUUCUCUUGAGUGUCAAUGCUGUUUUUGAAUAGCUGAAGGGUGAGUAGUCACCAAGUAAGGUAUGAGACAAGCCCUCCAGCUAUUCAAAAACAACAUUAACACUCAAGAGAAGCUCAGAUUGAACCUCCACUCAUUGAGUGUGAGUGUGAGUGAGCUUUUAGAAUACAGGCGUUAGUAUAUACAGUAUACAUGCACUUGUGGUUAGAGCUCGACAACUGGCCUCUGCAGCUCAGUUGAUUCGAGCGCUGCACUGGAAUUGCAGGUUCGAAUCCUGUCACGGAGGGCCAUAGUUGCAUUUUUCGCAACUGCUCCCGGUUAGAUCUAUUAAAUGUAUAAAAAUUCACGCUCGAAAUGGACCUGUAGCCUUAUAACUAAAAUUUUGAUCUAGGCAAGUCUAGACAAAAAUUUCACCACAGCUUGAAAGAGCAUCACAAAAUUAGUAAUAUUCCAAAGUUUCGUUGCGAAAUGUUGUAAAAUGCGAAUAAUAUAGCCUUUGCGAAAUUUGCAAUUUUCAGCAAUUUUGUAUUACAAACGGGAAAUUUAUGCCCCAACACCCGAUUGGGCUGUCAAUUUCCCGUGCGUAAUACAAAAUGACUGAAAAACGGCAAAUUUCGCAAGGUUAUAUUAUCCGCAUUUUACAACAUUUCGCAACGAAACUUUGGAAUAUUACUAAUUUUGUGAUACUCUUUCAAGCUGUGAUGAAAUUUUUGUCUAGAUCAAAAUUUUAGUUAUAAGGUUAAAGGUCCAUUGCCAUCAACAAAACCCAUGUUUAAUAUAUAAAACAGGCCGAGGAAAAAAAUUUUUCCUGGCUGCAAAAUCCAAAAAUAGAAAUUUCCUAAUGUAAGACUUUCUGCAUACCUUAUCAUGAUUACCAUCAUCAACCUCCAUACAUGACAAUUUGAUUUCAAAAAUACAUUUGGAAUUUUAAAUCAACAAGCAAAUUGUAUGGCAUUUCAUUGGAGCAUUUGCAUUAUAGACUAAAUUUUGAUCUCAACAAGUCUCGAUAAAAAUUUCAUCACAGCUUGAAAGAGCAUCACAAAAUUAGUAAUAUUCCAAAGUUUCGUUGCGAAAUGUUGUAAAAUGCGGAUAAUAUAGCCUUGAGAAGUUUGCCGUUUUUCAGUCAUUUUGUAUUACAAACGGGAAAUUGACAGCACCAAAGGGUAUUGGGCUGUCAAUUUCCCCCGCGUAAUGCAAAAUGACUGAAAAACGGCAAACUUCUCAAGGCUAUAUUAUCCGCAUUUUACAACAUUUCGCAACGAAACUUUGGAAUAUUACUAAUUUUGUGAUGCUCUUUCAAGCUGUGAUGAAAUUUUUAUCUAGACUUGUUGAGAUCAAAAUUUAGUCUAUAAUGCAAAUGGUCCAUUAUAAGACGACAAAAAAUUUUCUGCUUUAUGUGAGAAAAUUUCACAGAAAGAAAAGAGAACAUAUUAUUUUAUUAUUAAUUGAAUAUGUGUUUUAUGUUUUUCAAAGUGUGUGUGCUCGGUAUACGAGCCGUUCGUUUGCUCAGUGUAUCCGUGUUCUUUCUUUUGACACAAAAGUUUUAUUUAGUUUUCUUUUGUGAUUUACAGAUCAGCAAAGUACGCCCACCCCAAGAUCCCCAAGCGCGAGGGAAGGUUCCAGUCCACCAGCAGGUAAACAAACCAGUUUGCCAACAAGUUUGCCAACUCGUUUGACAAGCACUCGUUUGCCAAGCACUGGUUUGCCGAGUACUCGCAAACCAUUUUUUUCCUCAAGACCUGUUGUCGAAACCUUGGGGACAGAAUCAGGUAACACAUGAAUGAGAAAGGGAUGUGUUUGUGGAAGAGGAGACAUACUCACUGCAUUCACGACUCACCUACACUUGGAACACUUGCCAGGGACAGAUCUACUGUGGGGGGGGGGGCGUGCACCCCACCUAGUGGUGUCUAGCACACCCCGCCCCCCCCUCCCCCACCCUAGAGAAGUCCAGCACCUCCCUAAAAAAAUCUGCUUGACCAUACGUUUUCUGCUUCUCGAAUAGCGAUUAGAGGAAUUUCUACUGCUAACGCGUGUCGAUUUCUUGAAACGAUUUAUUAAUGGACCUAUUACCUAAUAACCAAAAUUUUGAUCUCAACAAGUCUGGACAAAAAUUUCACCACAACUUGAAAGAACAUCACAAAAUUAGCAAUAUUCCAAAGUUUCGUUGCGAAAUGUUGUAAAAUGCGGAUAAUAUAACCCUGCGAGGUUUGCCGUUUUUCAGUCAUUUUGUAUUACGCGGGGGAAAUUGAUACCGCUUUCUGAGAAAAGGUACCAAUUUCCCGUGCGUAAUACAAAAUGACUGAAAAACGGCAAACUUCGCAGGGCUAUAUUAUCCGCAUUUUACAACAUUUCGCAACGAAACUUCGGAAUAUUACUAAUUUUGUGAUGCUCUUUCAAGCUGUGGUGUUUGUUUAUUAGGAAUAGGUCCAUUGAUUUGUAAAUACUCUGAAUGCUUUAGUUAAAUAUCAUGGUUAAAUAUGUAAACAUGCCGAGGUUAUUAUACAGUCAUAUAUUAUAAUCAGACAACUGCAUAUUGUUGGAAUCGCAUCCCGAUUCAUGCGCUGUUUUGCCAACACUCUCAUAUGAUCUAAGCUAGAGAAAACUCAUUUACAAGGGGAGAACUCAAACUUAACGGAAAGAAGGCAGGCAAAAUCUAUCAAUAGUUUCCCCAAUGGAGUUCGUGUACACACAUAAAAACGCACAAGUUGUUGCAGGUCUGCCAAUAAGUUGUUACAAAUCUGUUCACAAGCUGUCGACAAGUUGUGUUCGCACUGCUUGUUCCCAGUUGUUGUAACAAGUUUGGAACAAGCUGUUAACAACUUGUAACAAGCUUGAUGGCAUUAUCAGACUUGUUACAAGGUUGUUCUAACAAGUCUGAUACAGUCGUGAUAUAACAAUAAUGUUACAAGGUUGACGAGACAAGGUUGUAACAAUAUUGUUGUAUCAUGACUGUAUCGUACUUUUUGGAACGACCUUGCAACAAGUUUGAUAAUAUCAACAAGGUUGUAACAAAUUGUCAACAGCUUGUACUAAACUUGUUGACAACUUGGGACAAGCAGUGCGAACACAACUUAUAUUGCCGACUUUUUGGAGCCCUUGCUACAAGAUGUGAGACUUUUGCGUGUGUACAUCCCAUCGCUCUCUAUCCCCUGUAACUUUAUGUAAACCGUUUAUAUAGCGCCUGGAGGUAGCUAGUUAACUUAAAUGUUUUUCUUUUGCAGUUGCACAUACCUCAUCAUCUUCUGGGGUUCCACUGUGGCUUUUGUUCUUGCUACUCAUUCUGAUUAGUCUGCUCGUGUUCUUUGUUGGUUACUUCUGUGGUGUCCGUGGUUUCCGCUGUUCGGAAUUUUACGGCCGUGCACGAGGGUGCACGAAGGACUCCUCAUGCUCCGAAGAAGAUGGCGCAGAGAUGCAACCGACGAUGUCGAGGUCGGAAAAAACGAGAGAAAGCGAGCGAAAUUUAUUAGACAAGCACGAUGGAAAGAGACAGACUCCUUCAAAGAAAAUCACUCCUUCCAAGAAGAACAACCACGAGGGAAAAAACAAUGUCUCGAAAGAUGGCUCAGUUGAAAUCGAACAACCUUACAACAGCGAAGAAGACAACAGACCUGGCUCUAACCAUAGUACAUGCUAA